AUGCGUUUUUCCGCUUUCACCACUAUCGUUUUCGCCAGCUCGGCGUUCGCCUUUCCCUCGUUUGGGUCCCUUUUCUCGCGCCAGGAGGAGGAAUGCCUAACCAGGGAGGAGGCCAAGGAGAUCGUGGAUGUUUACCAGCGCCUCAUCGCCAAUUAUCAGCCUGAGGACGGCGAGAAGUACUGCGCCUCGGACUUCGUCGACCGGUCUGACAGCAUCAACACCUUUAUCUUCCAACCGCUGGGUGAGCCCACGUUUGCCACCAAGGAAAUCUUCAUGGAAGCGCAACUGUCGAACCCUCCUUUCCCGGUUGUGGUAGACAGCAUCGAUGCCAUCGACUGCGAGGCCAUCGGCCUGCGGUGGCACGCGACGUUUGGCGCGGCUAACCAGCCUAGCCGGGGUAUCACCAUCAUCGGCACGACCAAGCGCGAGGGUUGGUGGCAGAUCAAGAGCCUGGAUGUGGAGUUCAACAGUCUGAUAUGGCUUCUUAACAUGGGCGGUAACUAUACGUGGGAGGGCUGA